UUGAAGUUAGAAGUCAUCAUUAGUGACUGUAAUGGGAUCAGGAAAAUUGUCUUCUGCAACAAUCUCACAGUGUGGAUGAGCCUGAUGCCAAGCUACUGCCGGGUAACGGCGCUCGAACAAUAACAAGAAUGAUACAUAAGGAACUGUAUGAAUAUUCAGUGAGUGCCCUCUUGAGAUUUCGCUUUAGCUUAUCACGUUUUUUAAAAAACAUGAGUGAGUCACCACCCUACGAGAGAGACGCUGCCUCUGCGUCUCCUGAGAGUCCUAAAGAAAAGGACUUUUCCUCUCAACAGCUUCUUUGUGACAACCCGAACAGCCUGGAGGAGCAUGAGGCACAUGAAGAAGACCAGAAAGAUCCUAUUGUUAUUAUGCAAGACAACUGCUCCGGCUCUCCUUCGAAUGCUCAUGUUUCAGGUCCGGUCUCGCCAGAGUUCAUGGAGGUACGCGGGCUGGAUGGAAGAUUCAUUACUUUGGUGAGCUCCCAGACCCAGACAGAUUGGGAAUGGGUGGAGCAAAGUCUCUCUUUCAGCUGUCAAGUUCAAAAGGAAAUUGAAGAUCUGCAGUUGUCGCAGGCGGCGGUGGAGAGCGUGGACACCGACUCUUCGCAGGUACAAAGUCACGGAACAACAGCGCUGUUAUUUUCUGACAUCGAACUAGGAGAGGAAUCGGAGGAUGAAAGUAUGCCAGAGAAAGGAGAUGAUAUAGCUCGUGUGGGGCCGCCUCGUCUCAUAGCAUACAAACCAGAGCCAAGGAAAACUCGUGUCGGAAAGGUUCCAGAGGUUGAGUCUAAACAGGAUGUGCAUCUUGUUCAGUGUGACUAUUGCCAGCAGCUCUGUCAGCCCUUCGUGCACAGCGAACGGUCGGAAAAUGAAACAGACUUUGAGAGGCUUUUUUGUUGUGAGCAAGCCAAACAAAUGACAACGCUUAUCCUGGAAGAGAGAGACAAAAUGGCGCGGAAAGAGUCAGGUAGAAAAAUUGAUGUGAGGUCUCAUGCACCGAUCAUAAGUGAGAGAGAGAGGGAAAGUGCUAAAGAGAAGGCAAAGAAGAGGUUAAGACGUUUGAAGAAAAGAAAACCAAAACCUAAACAAGCUGAACAAGUCAACUUGAAUAUAGACAUAGGCCGUAUUGAGAUCAAACAUAAAACCUUUAGGCUGCCAAAAGAGGUGCCGAACGAUGAGCCCGACAUGCUUCAGAUAAAUAUCAAAACUACUACUGGCAUGUUUACACUGCAAGAAGAGACAGAUGGUGAGCCAAAGGAAUGUUUGAAGCUAAAGGGAGUAAUGAAGAAGUUCUACAAAAGUGGGAAAUGUUUUUGCACCUCGUAUCCAGAUGGAGCGGGUAACGUUUUUUAUCCUUCUGGGAAUGCAGCCAUUAUAAUAUCCUCUGCAGAAGCUGCUGACUUUACUUACAUAAUCUUGGAGGACAAGGACGUGGCGCCCAACAUCAAAGGCAUUUUCACAAAUAAAGGCCACUCCACAUGCUACCAUCCCAAUGGAAUGAUAUGGUUGAAUCUGACCCCUGCUGGAGGUCUCUGCCUCAGUGAGACAGGAGCUUUAAGGAGGCGCUGGAAUUGGUUGUACUUUGACCCGCAUGUACGUAACCUUCCCUUCAAGCCUCUAACCUUUGCCCUGGGCCCAAACAUCAGUGUGCGCAUACACUCACAAGAACACAUGUACAUCACCUUUGCACACCGGCAAAACAGCGUACGCUUCAGUGUUGGGUCAAAGCUUAAGCUCAUGUAUCCAGAGCGCCAUGACAAGCCAGGGCAAGAUGUUCUGGAGAGAUACAUCCAAACGAAGAGCUCGGAGAUUUACUCUCUGCUUGGCCAGAUGCAGACCUGCAUGUCCCUCCAUUACAGUUUCAUUACCCAGACGCAGCAGCUUAGCAGACAAAUGGAAAAGGAGAAGUCACCCAAAGAGAUAAAAACAGAUGUAAAUUAAAUACAGAACUGCUCAGA